AUGAUUCGCAGUUGCCCCCUCCUCAAUGAAAUUCGGCUUGCUCGAGAAAUUAAAGACUUAACUAUAGAGGUAUGUGUUCUAACUAUUAUCUCUCUUUAAGCGGACAUUUGCUUGUGUUUUAGGUGAAGGAUAACAGCCGGCUCCACGCCCACAGGAUAAUACUAGCGGCUCGUAUCCCUUCUUUGCGAGCAGAACUCAGUGACCCUCUACAGGAGAAGAAGUCGAUCGUAAGAUGGCCAAGAGUCCCUCUGAGGUACAAGCUUCAUUCCUAGUCUGACUUUGCUAACUGGUGAUACAUUUUCCAGCAUAGCAACUGCGUUCCUAAAUUACAUUUACACCGGUCAGAUAGAGAUUACGCAAACAAACGCUAAGGGAUUGGUUAUGUUUGCAAAAAUGGUGGGGAUUCCAGCAAUAGAGUAUUGCGGAGCGGAAUUUAUGGGCGAGAGGUAAGCAUUCUCCACAUAAAAAUGCCUAACUGCCCGAUCUAAAGCCUCAGUUUAGAUAAUGUGGCGGUCACAUGGGACUUUGCCAGGUCUGUGAAUAGCGAAUUGCUGACGAACAAGUGCAUCAGCUUUAUGAUAACCAACUUUGAGAGCUUUGUGCACAGGGAUCCGUUUAUUUCGUUGUCAGCGGACGCUGUGCUCACGUUGCUUCGAUGUGAUAAUCUGGCAGUGAAUUCCGAGGAAGAAGUGUUUGCGGCCAUUUCAAGAUGGGUGUGUUCUGCCUGUAGAGAGGCCAAUAAUGAGAGGCUUAAUUUGCAUGCUCCCCUGAUGCUGAGGGAGGUUCGAUGGCUCCAGACGACUAGACAAUUCCGCAGCCGUCUAGGCAAUAGUCAUCCAAUGUUUCAAAAUAGUCUCGAAUGUGCGUAAGUUCAUGCUUCUCAGCCCCGUUAUUAUCUUAUGAAAGUCGACUUAUGCUUCAGAUUGAGCAGUGGAUUGGCGCGGAGGAAAAGGAAAAGCCUCCGUGUCCUUUUAAUCGACGUUUGAGACCUCCGCCAUUUUUCGUUUUUGGGUGGGAUGGACAAAACGGGCCGUCUGUCCUUGGCUUCGAUUCUGACCUGCAGAAGGGAGACAGAGUUGCUCAUAUGGAAUGGCGACCAUGGGCUUCCUACAGUUUGGUGGGCGGUGAGUUACCUGCGAGUUACGCGGCUUCUUCCCCAUUUUUUCAUCCAUUUAAAAAGUGCGUGCAGUUUUUCGGAAAAGAGACACGUUCUUUUCCUAGCAGAAUUAGCACCACAUAAUGAAUAACCCUGUAGUGAUAUGCCCUUCCAAAUCGCAAUUUAUAUUUUUUAGAUCCUAGCAAUUCUGAUGGAAUUUAAUACACUUGAAGCAAAUCCAGAUAAUGAUAGAUGUUUGGCCAGAAUUUAAAGCCCAUUUCCGCUUAUUUCAGUUCAGCAUUGAAAGUUCGGACUCCCUAUUUCUAAGGAACAACAGAAUUAUGUCGAAAAGGUAGAAACGGAAACACAAAACAACUACCGUGGGAUUACCAAAACUGGACAGAUAAACGAAUUAUUCGUAGUGCUUGGAACGUUGGCAGUAUUCAGUCCGUUGUGCAGUAGUCAAUCUACUAAUGAUUGUGUCACAAAAGAUUUGCUACGAUUUAGGUUAUCUGCAGACGCCAGAGUGAAUAUCAUUAUUCUCGUGCAAUAAAUUCGGGUAAUAAUAAAAUUAAGGAAAGCAAACGUUGCCUCAAUACAGACAGAAGUAUUAUGACUGUAAUACACUUUUCGAACGGAACGUCAAGACGAUAUAUGUCGGGUGACAUUAUGAUAUAUAACAGUAUAACAGUAUAUAUAACAGUAUAUAACAAUAUAUAUAACAGUAUAAUGAGUUGGAGAAGAACUUUUGUGUGUCCAGCCUGGCGCCAGUCACAUGUAAACGGCAGCGGUCUUGACCGCGCAUGAUACAGACUGAUUGAAACAGGUCGAACCCUAGCUGUCUGUAACUCAAAAUAAAAUGCCGAGAUUAAAUAAUCGUGUUUCGUUGGUUAGUAACCCAUGCUUACUGACACUUUUGGUUGCCCGCCAUCGAAAUUCCUGACGGAUACUGAGGUUUUUGGCGGCAUAGGGUUUUCACGCUUUCAUAUCAAAACUCAACUGCGGCCACAUAAACGUACGAAUGACGUCGGCGAAGCUUUCUCCCAUUAAACAAAAAGAAAGCCCGCUUUCGAAGGUUCAGGACUGAUAGCCCGGAUAUGGCUACAGUUAAACACUGCAACGACGGUUAAGGUGAUGCCGUGAACCACAAACCUAAUUCUUUCUGUACAUCAAAUUCCUGCAAUUUAACGCCCUUUAGGUUUGCAGCUUUGGUUUCACCGACCCGCAGAAUGCUAUAGUUAGUCGCAUUAAAAUACAAAAGUCAGUCCUACGAUUAUCUUUCAAGCUGGUUCUUGUUUGCCUGCCAAUGCUUUUCGUCUAAGUCACUUCGGACGAUGCUCCCAAUAUAACCUCAUCAAAAACCAUUGAGCGACAUUGGAAUUCAGUUCACUGACGAAGUAGUUGACGUGAAUCAUGAAGAGGGCAGGACCAAAUACGGUGCCUUAAGGAACACCGCCCUCAACCGCUACCUCUGCCGUCAUGAAAAAAUUGAGAGCGACCGACGAAGAAGCUCGGAAUCUACCUCAGGGGAAAUAGUCCGAGUGCCUAUUCGGAUCUAUCUGUACAGCAGCCGCUGAUUUGAACAUUAUCGAAUGCGUUAUUGAAGUCAGAAUAUGCUGCAUGCAGUGCAUUCUGUCCAUCAUUUACCUUGAACCAGCCUUCUAAACAGUAUAACAGUUUUUUAAACAUGAUCUGCUUCUUAGUAAUCUGUGAUGGGAACCGCAUAGCAGAUUAUUCUGCUCUAGUAAGCGCAUUAUCCUUCGCCUUAUGAUAUUUUCCGUUAUUUUACAGCAGAUUAAGUGAGAUCAAUUAGUCCGCAGUUAGUCGCUGAGAACUUGCCAACACCAUGCAGUAGUUCAGCCCGUGUAGAUUUUUAGUCGGGAGGUAAAAAGCCUCCUUUGAAUGAAGUUUGGAGGAGCAUUGACAGCGGUUCGGAUAGUUCUUUGGGGAGCGGCAAUUUGGCGUUAAGUCAUCUGGCUCAGAUAACAUUCGCUCCUGCAGCGUCCGGUGUCCUUUGCGAACUAUGUUUUUCGGUGAAGGAAGCAACUUCAAUCGUCGGACCUUUCAAAGAGUCACAUUCGGGAGGAAUAAAUGGGCUUUCUCAUGCCCUCUUCUAAUGGAAUGUUAAUGUUUCUCUUUCAGUAAGAUCUGCUGUUUUGAGGAACAAAUUUACGUUUUUUGACAAUGUUGUCAAGUAGUAUUUUGUUAAUUUUUUGCCAGUUUUUAUCACUUUUGACAGUUAUUUAAAACAACUCUGCAAUUAGCCUUUUGUAUGCAUUAAUGCAUUACUUUUUUACCACCCGGUAGAGAGAAUUUUUGUAGUUGGGGGUGGAGAACCAUUUGGCUCAAACGCUGUAAACGAAUUUCUAAUAAAAGAACGUCGCUGGUGCAAACGGGCGCCGCUCGCAAAUAGACGCCGUUGGCAUGCAGCCGCAGUGUUUCAGGUUGAUGACAGCGUAGAAGGAAAGAAGGUGUUUAUUGGCGUGUUUGGUGGAUGGAGUUAUAGAGGACGUCUCUCCUCUUGCGAGGCCUAUGACGUUAAUCAAGACAGGUGAGAAGACACUGCCGGUGGAUUGUUGUUAUCUUUUUGCAAAAGUUGUUCUUCUUCGCCCUCUCACCUCUUCCAUGCACAACCACGCACAACAUAGGUGGUUCAAACUGCCGAAUAUGCGGGAAAAACGGGACGAACCAGCCGCUGCCUGCCUCCCCGGCGAUAGCCGCAUCUUCGUUUUUGGCGGUCAAACUGACUCCUCUCAAAUCCUUGCAUCCGUGGAGUUCUGUCAUUUGCGUGCGAACUGGCGAGGGCAGGCAAUGUCGGCGGACCUUUGGCAGCCAGCUGCCCCAAUGAGAACUGCGCGAGGCGGGUUCACAGCGACACAUUUUCGGGGAGCAAUCCUGGUCGCUGGUGGCUGUGGUGUUGAUGGAAAAAUACUAAACUCAGUGGAAAUGUUUACAGCGCCAGACUUCAGGUGCCAGCUCGGCCAAUGGACAGAGCUGGCCGGCAUGAAGGAGCCUCGCUGGCAUUUCGUUCUUCUCACCUGCGCGGACGCGGUUUUUGCUCUCGGUAAUCUCGAUUUUUCAUAUGCAAAUGGGCAUAAGAGCCAGGAAUAUCAUAAAUGCUGUGUUUUCACUGAUUUGGCCUAUUUUUUGAGCAUAUAAUUAAAAAUUGAUCUUUAUUAAUAUUUAUUAAAAUUUGUAGGCAACGAUUACGAAAGAAAUAACACUGUGGAGACUUUAACUGCACCAGAAGGUUCAGCUGACGUCAGCAAUAACUUGAAAGCCUGGACCUGGUCGUUGAAAAAUCCACUCGAAACGCUUGACUCCAUUGCUGGAGCUGUAGUCAUUCGCAGAUAAACAGUUGCAUUAUAUGUUGAUGACCCUACGUUCCUUCCAUUGGCUACAAGUUAUAAAUAAACGGUUUGCAAGUAACACUGUCUCACCUCUAUUAUUUGAAAAGAUCAGAAAGAUCUGUGGCACACAAUAUCCUGAGUGGCCGGUAAGAGGUCCGUUUUAUUGCUACAAAUGGAAUAGGCGUUUUCCCACCGUAAAAAAAUGAAGCAUCCUGAUAUAUUCGAAUGAAAAACUUUUGUAAAACCACAAACCAAGGGUAUGUGUGUUAUUGUGAACGCUACAUCUGCUGCUUAGUUAAAACGUAGGGUUGUAGGGGCCACGGUUUAUUUUAGAACUAUAAAAGUGAUGGAUGCCAAGUGUGUCUGGACACAAUCCCAUGAAAGUGGUUCACUGACCGAUUGAUUCAAAAUGUUGCACAUAUGGAACGCAUGCGUGCUGGGCACGUAUCCACAGGCAUUGGCAGGCGAGCGCCCUGAACAUAGAGGUGUGCAUGGGUUUUACCUUUUAACACGACCACACAGUCACAAGAUGUGAUAUUUUCAGCAUCCAUGUCACGUGUUUGCAGUCGGCUCAAUCCUUUCUUGAACAGUCACGUCGGUUCCCUUAUUUUUGCAAUUUUGUAAUUAAGGUUAUUGAUUACCGUUUAUCAGAUCCGACGCGUAUACUGUUAGAGCAAUUUUGUGGUUGGCAACACACUAAACAUUGAGGCAAAUGCGACGAUUUGUUAUGACACACCAGCUCGCCUGAAAGGACAUGACCGAGCAGCAAACUUAAAGGGAGCACACGUCCACGCACGUGCGUGAUUGAGCUGCACUUUCGAAGCUAUUGGUUACAAGUGAUCCAAUAAUUUCCACGUUCUUGGAUUAUAUAUUUAAUGAAAGAUUGUUCUCCAUCAUAAUCGGUUAGUGGUAGACGAUUAUGCCGACCCAUAUUAAACCUUCCAAAUACUCCGUCCAGUCGGCGAACACAAAUGCGUUUUCUAUUUGACCUCAAACCGGACUGAGUUUUUUUACUUGAAGAUAAACAAAGGCAUGAGCAUUGCAUUGGUCUGGCGAUAUUCUUCAUUUUUCGGCGCCAAAGUUUAAAGCGACAGUUGAAGCGACGCACUAUCAAGACCACGUGUAAGGCGAGUCUGCCAUGUGCUACUGGCAUUGCCUCUUAGACUUAUCCGUUAGACAUGCUUCUUGAUUUUGCGUACGCAAACUGACCUCAUAGCCGCAUUCGCCCUCCUACAAACGAAGGUUGUUUAGCUGAGUCAAAACGUUGUUGCGUAUCCGAGCGCAUGGCCAACACAUCAACCCGUCAAAACUAGCUGUGUUCAUUUGCUGAGUGCCACCCAGUUAAAUGGAAAGAGAGCAUUACCCAGCUUAGGCAGGAGUGUGAAUUGUUAUUUAUACAAUAGCAUUUAGAAAACCUAUUUUUCUUCAGCAAUGGCAGACAUGAGCCACAUUGGCUUGCGGUACGACAAUACCGUAAUUAAUUGUUCAUUUGUGGCAAAACCCUGUAAGGCCGUGUCUCCAUCGCGAUAAAUUCAUCAGAACUGCUUGACAGCAAAUUUGCGGAACAUGUUAGUUUUGUCCUUAACCCUACUUACCUCCUAGCUCUAACGUGCCUGUAUCUUGCAUUACCACCUAGAUUUAAAACUCUACGGUUAUUUCGCGUAAAUGAGCUACAAAAAUAUGCUGCAACCUGCGUCUUCCAUAUUAUCGUUUAAUCCCCAUAUUUCUCGUUGGUCAUUUUUGUGUCGUCCCUGCUGAGUAUUCCAAGUAUUGAAUCUUCUCGAGAGUUCUGUUCGGUAGAACAUCGCAAGUUCACACGAAUUAUAUCAGUUGUAUUUUACAAAAUAAAUGCUCGAAUAUUGUCUUCGUCAGUCAGUUAUUAAAAACCCAUGAUAUGCUGCGCGCAUGCCUGAUGCGAAUUUCCCAAUCAUGAAUACCUGCGCACCUGAUGAGAUUAAAUCGAUCGCGCUCGAUGCUUGGCGCAAAACUAAUCGCAGUGCGAGCAUGUAUCUUUUGCUAACUGGCGGAGCACUGAAUGCGAGAAGAAGCGCACCUCGAUGGCCUUGGCAGAAGGUCAUCAAACCGAACCAAUCGCGGCAGCAUGGACAAACAACGCGUUUGCACGAUCACGAUACAUCGUCCAUACUUACCAGUUAGCUUUCACAUCCAUCGGGUCUGAUGAGGUUACUGCUGCAUGACUGUCAGUUUAGUGCGCCUAUGUUGCAUGUGACCUCGUUUUGAGUUUUUGGCAUCGAUAUUUCCUUCAUAGGCAGCAUCAGUAGUUAAAUUAUUGUAAACCUGAGUCUUACUAAUUUCAAUCAACAGACGAAUUUUGUGAAAAGUGUAUCUUGAAAGAACGACUAGAGAGCAUUUAGAGGCAGUGGACAUAUGGUUGUUGUCCUGACGGAGCAUGAGUAGCGCUGAAAUAUCCAUCUCUACCAGGCAAACCAUUUCAAUAACAAGAUCUUAACUCGCACUGUGUAGAGGUACAGACAUAUACUAGGACCAAAUCUUCCAUGCCAAAUAUUUCAUUAAUUCGUAAAUGAAUCAGGUUAUGUUUGUUCAUCUGAUAAAUACAUUAUUUGACUCUAGAAUGAAAGUGGUGGCCUAAACACGUCUUCUCAUUCGUCUAGAGGCGGGCGUCCGUGUGUAAGUCUGCUAGACAUAUUUGCACAGUGAUUUGCUUAACCAUUUUUGUUAUAUUGAUUGGUAUUUUAGAGCCUAUAUCAAGUUUACAAAAUCAAAUUGGACUUCUCCUCCCAAGAAGUACACACUUCUUCCACGUAUGGUGUAAAUCCUCCGCAAACUUAUGCCAAGAUUCCGUCGCAAAUAGUGGCCUUUCCUUUGUAUUUUUGCUUGAAAUCACCAAAUUACCGGUUUUAAUAUCUCCUUGUCCUUAUUUUCCAACGACCACUCACGCUAAUUGCGUAGUUUUGACAAUCGUGUAUGCGAAAAGCUAACUAUCAAGGCAAGCUUCAUUGUAUCGUGUCGGUUUCAAUGCUGGCUUAGAGCAUUUAUCUUUAUUUCAACUGUAGACUAAGGAGACUGACCUUAAAAUAAUCUGUGUUCUCGCAUCCGGACUUAUUAUUUAUUAUGACCGCAUGGUACUCUCCUAUCAUUGACAUAAAAUAAUGUGGUGUUCGCCCAGCUGUUUUUCUUGCAGGCUGUAAAAACAGCAGGACAAUUUUGAGUAUCACAAAACUGGAAAAUAACCGCAUCGCAGUUACCAGGUGAAGACUAAGGAAAAAUAUAUCUAAAGUCAGAUAUAAAGGAAAUGGUAUGAUGGACCAUGAGCGACGAAGCUGGUAGGCUUUCCAACCAGGUGGAAUGAUUUAUUGCGAGGAAAACUGCAAGAAUUAUUGCAGAGGCCUUUGUUAAUCCCGUACCUCAAGCUGCACAGUAAAUAAAUAUAAGAUGAUUUCUUCUCUUUACACACAGCGCAGAUUUUUUUUGGUAAAUCAUCAUUCAUGCCAUAAGGGUCCUAAAAAUUCAUCAGAACAGUCUACCAAACUGAAACCUUUAUGACUCGAACGUGCCUGAUCGAGAAAUCAUUGGGCCAUUUUCCGAAAGUGCUCAAUAAGAGGAGAGCUGUCAAUUUUAACAGGUGUGUGGUAGUCAAGAGGCUGAAGUAUAUGCAUUCUACACUUAGUGUGUACCUGUAACAUUUAUAUGUUACCGCCCUUAAGAUUGCAUGAACCUGAAAUCUCACGAGCACACUGUUCUUUACCUAGUUCUCUUCGCAUUUUAAUGGCGCUUUAUCGGAGUAAGUUAUAGCGUUCCUUAUAAAAAUUCGUAUCUGCAAUGAAGCGGCUUCAAACUCCAUGGCGAAAUGUAGUUUAAACAGUCAUUUUUGAACUCGACAUUUUGAAUUUACAAGUCACUAUUUAAGUUGAAAUUAAAUGCAGUGUAUGCAAUAUAAGUAGUAAAAUGUGCUAAGACAUAACUUAUGCUGUGUGGCUUAAUUAUAGGGCCUAUAUGAAAAGAAACUUGAUUAAGAAACAUUGCUGACGAAGAGAAAGGCGACUUAAACGGUCAUUUCUGACUUAUUGGCCGUCAUCUGUAGGUUCCAUUUGUUGACCAAGUCACAUCUAAUGACCCUGUCCUAAUGCAACAGGAAGCCAUUUCAAAGCACUUCAAUGCAUGCCAUAAGGAUGUCCACCUAGAGGAAUCUUCUUUUUUCUUUUGCUACAAUGGUUAACUUUUUGUAGCUGCCGCGAAUACUUGCAGAACUCACUGGUUUUCCGGUGAUACCGAGGCCAACCAACUUGUGUUAAUAACCGCUUGGUCAAAAAUAGCUGUGUCCUUUUAACUACUGCCCAAGACGACGGUACUAUCAGCGAUCCGUUUUACACUCAUUGUUCGCUUUCCUUUAGUGUUCCUGGACAGUGCCCAGUGACAGUUUUGAUUUGAUGCGUGCUGAAGUGGAUUCAAUAAGAUAUCAAAUCCAGAAGGUCUUCUUUACCCAGUACAAAAGACCAUAUCUUUAA